AUGUCCUCAUCGCAAUUCACUCUCCCGGACCUCGUUGCAGUCUGUCCCUUCCGAAUUUCGACCAGCCCACACUACGAGAAGGCGUCCUCCGAGUCUCGUGCGUGGGUCAAUCGGUACCAACUCUUUCGUGGCAAGAAGCUCGCCUACUUCCUGAGUGGCAGCAAUGAGCUCCUCGUAUCCUACACCUACCCAUACGCCGGAUACGACCAGUUCCGAACUUGCUGCGACUUCGUCAACCUUCUCUUCGUCGUAGAUGAAGUCAGCGACGAUCAGGACGCUCGCGGCGCUCGUGCUACCGGGCAGAUCUUCCUUAACGCUAUGCGCUACCCGGAUUGGGACGACGGCUCGGCACUGGCACAAAUGACUCGCGAAUUCAGACAGCGGCUAUUGGACUACGCCGGACCAAACUCCUACCGUCGGUUCCUCGUGCAUUGUGCUGCGUAUGUCAACGCAGUAGCACGGGAGGCCGAGCUCAGGGAGCAGGGCCAGGUCCUCGACCUCGCCGAGUUCGAGAUUUUGCGGCGGGAAAACAGCGCUAUCCGCCUAUGCUUCGGCCUCUUCGAGUUCGCCCUUGGUUGCGACCUUCCCGACUCUGUUUUUCACGACGAGCAUUUCGCAACCAUGUACUGGGCGGCGGCGGACAUGGUGUGCUGGUCAAAUGACGUCUACUCGUAUAACAUGGAACAAGCUCGUGGAAUUGGGGGAAACAACAUCGUUUCAGUCCUCAUGCAAGAGCGUAACAUCGACCUUCAAGCGGCGUCCGAUCUCAUCGGCCAGCAUUUCGAGACGCUCAUGAAUCGAUUUGUUGAGUCCAAAGCCCGGCUCCCGUCUUUCGGGAGCGCCGCAUUGGAUGAUGCGGUCUCCAAGUACAUCAGCGCGAUGGAGCACUGGGUCAUUGGCAACCUCGAAUGGAGCUUCAAGACGAAUCGGUACUUCGGCGAGGAACAUGUGCGGGUAAAGGACACCCUCGUGGUCGUCCUGCGUCGGCGCGAAUCUGAUGAAGAAGCAUGA